GCCCUGGGGAUUGUUCCAGGCCCUUGGACCGCAGGGAGGGCAACCAAAUGGCAGAGGCGGUAACGGAGAGCAUCCCUGAACGGUAAAAAGUCGUCUAAAGGAUCGAAGAAACGGAGGGCGAGCGAGUCCGUGUGCGGGACAGCACCUUCGGGUGCGGGUCAGAGGAGCGAGCCGCGGAAGAGGCGGGUCCAGGGCGGUGUAAUUAAGGCGCGGAGCCCAGACCCUUCUGCUCCAGUGCCUCCGGCUUUCCUGGAGGCGUGCGGCGGGAUGCUGCUCCGUUCUCCGGGUCCUCUCCGCCGGUUCUUGUCGUUUGGUCACGCCCUCAGUUCAGUCGAUUAUUGGAGAACGAUCAGGGCCCAUGGUUUACGUCGAGUUGUGGAUGUUAUAACCGUUGUUUGGUGACCGAGCCUGGGGCUUGAGCCCUGGGAGGUCUUGCCAGCCGCAUGUGGUCCCGUGCCCACCUCUCGCGGUGGCGCAUUAAUCCACCUAGACUGUGCAUUGGUCCAGUCUGGGCUGACCCCGACCCGAAGUAGCCCUUUCCUUCGCGUCCUGAACUUCGCUUCUCCGUUGGUGUCUGGUCUCUUCCCGCCUGCGGGCUCUGCGGUGCCGGGAGGAGCUGUACUACUUGUGCCUUAGCGCACCCUUUCUUUCCCAGGCCAGAAACGCGAAAUGCUGUCGGCCUUCCAGAGGCUGUGAGUCUUAUUUGUGAUUGAAACAGUCUCAGGAUGCGCAGUCCUGAUCUUCAUUUAUGGAUGGCCCUUUCUCCAGACCCUUGCGAUGCUCCUGAUCGGGACAGUGUCUUUCCACCUUCGGAUCCGCAGAAAUCGAGAGAGAAACUCAAGGAGCGGAAAGACUAGAUGCUGAUCCAAAAGGUCGGAGCAGAGCAUGGACAUGGGAACGAGUGCUCUCAGCAAGAAGCCGUGGUGGACCCUGCCUCAAAACUUUCAUGCACCAAUGGUGUUUCACAUGGAAGAGGACCAGGAGGAGCUCAUCUUCGGGCAUGGUGACACAUAUCUUCGCUGCAUUGAGGUGCACAGCCACACCCUUAUUCAGCUGGAGAGUUGGUUCACAGCUACAGGCCAGACUCGUGUGACUGUAGUGGGACCACAUAGGGCAAGGCAGUGGCUGCUGCACAUGUUCUGUUGCGUAGGGAGCCAGGACUCCUAUCAUCAUGCUCGAGGCCUGGAGAUGCUGGAACGUGUCCGAAGCCAGCCCCUGACCAACGAUGACCUGGCCACCUCCAUUAGUGUGCCACCGUACACUGGAGACCUGUCUUUGGCUCCCAGGAUAAGUGGAACCGUGUGUCUUAGCGUUCCUCAGCCUUCCCCUUACCAAGUGAUUGGUUGUUCGGGAUUCCAUUUGAGUUCACUGUAUCCGUAAUUAAGGACUGAUCUCCCCUGGGAAGUGGGGAUGAGAGGAGAAGUCUUGGCUUCGGUUUUGGUGAGAAAGACAUGAAAGACACAGAGGAAAGUUUGAACUUGUGGCCGGGACCUGUCCCUCUCAGGUCUUCUAGACAUGUGUCUGAGGAAAGUCUCUUGAAUGUAAGAAAGUGUUAUUGGCAAAGCAAUCCAAUAAAAUAAGCUACCUAUGAUGCAAA